UCGGACAUGUCUUCUGUAAGUUGUCACCACUUCUGGAGUUGGAGAUUAUCGCUUAGCUAAACAGCUAAAAGUUCCGGAAUGCUUAUCGGUGGACUUUAGAAACUGAUCCAUCAGGAGGAAUGGUACAGGAGCUGUGACUGCAGACACAAUGAAGCGGUACAUUGCAGUAUGGGGCUCCAUCUUCUUCUUUGUGGUGUGUUGUUCCCUUUACCUGAUGCUGGAAACUCUCAGUAUGCAGCCUGCCAGACCAGAUGUUUUGAAUGAGUAUGACCUUGACUCCAUUGAGGGGAAAAUCAAACGGAUUGAAGGAGAUCUUCAGAAGAACCAAGACACUAUCCGCAAAAUCAAAGAUACUGUGAGACAAAUCGCCAAGGGAGAUGAAAACGGCAUCAAGUCAUUGAAGCAAAUAUUUGAUGAUGCUGGCAAUAAUGGAGUUGUCAGAAUGGAUGAGAGGUUCAAGGACAAUAUCUUGGAGGUAUUAGUAGCCAGGAAGGCAGUCUCCAUAGCAGAGGGCAUGUGUGGUUUGCAGGAUGCCCCUGAAGCGAAGACCGACGUCAAGAUGUUACGGGUGUUUGACAUUCUGCCGUUUGACAACCCAGACGGUGGAGUAUGGAAACAAGGUUGGGACAUCACCUACGAUCAUGUACAGCAGACCAAUCAGAAGCUCAGGGUGUUCAUCAUUCCACACUCCCACUGUGACCCAGGCUGGAUCAAAACAUUUGACAAAUACUACACGGAUCAGACUCGUUUUAUCUUCAAUAACAUGGUGGCAAAGCUGGAGGAGGACCCCCGCAGACGCUUCAUCUAUGCAGAAAUGUCCUUCUUCUCAGUAUGGUGGGACGAAAUUGACAACAGCAUGAAAGAGAGAGUGAGAAAAUUGGUUAAGUCUGGCCAGUUGGAGAUUGUGACUGGAGGGUGGGUCAUGACGGAUGAGGCCAACGCCCACUACUUUGCCAUGAUUGAUCAGCUGAUUGAGGGCCACCAAUGGCUGGAGGGGACAGUGGGUGUGAAGCCAGUGUCUGGUUGGGCUAUUGAUCCAUUUGGCCACUCCCCGACAAUGGCGUACAUACUGAAGAAGGUUGGGCUGCGCAGCAUGCUCAUCCAGCGAGUUCACUACGCUGUUAAGAAACACCUGGCCAGGAACAAACAGCUGGAGUUCCUCUGGAGACAGCAGUGGGAUCAGGCCGGGAGCACAGACAUGUUUUGUCACAUGAUGCCUUUCUACUCGUAUGACGUCCCCCACACCUGUGGCCCUGACCCUAAGAUCUGCUGUCAGUUUGAUUUCAAGAGGCUCCCUGGGGGAAAGCUGAGCUGCCCUUGGAAGGUGGCCCCCGUUCCCAUUACAGACAAGAACGUUGCUGAAAGAGUGAGGAAGAAGGAAGAGCUGUGUGACUACCAGUAUGACUUGGGAGUUGGGUUAAGACUAUAG